AUGAGUUCUUUUUCAGGAAAUGAAGAUGUUGAGGAUUCAAAGAAGAAUAAGAAGAAGCAAGACAGAGUUCCAAUACUGAAAUUGUUUACAUUUGCUGAUAGUUAUGACUAUUUGUUAAUGAUUCUGGGAUCUAUUGGUGCUUGUGUUCAUGGUGCUUCUGUCCCUGUGUUCUUCAUCUUCUUUGGCAAGUUGAUUAACAUCAUUGGCUUGGCUUAUCUCUUCCCCAAACAAGCCUCCCAUAAAGUAGCAAAGUACUCAUUGGACUUUGUGUAUCUCAGUGUGGCUAUACUGUUUUCAUCAUGGAUAGAGGUGGCAUGUUGGAUGUAUACUGGGGAAAGACAGGCUGCAAAGAUGAGGAUGGCAUAUCUAAGAUCCAUGUUGAAUCAAGACAUAAGCUUAUUUGACACUGAAGCAUCCACUGGAGAAGUCAUUUCUGCAAUUACAAGUGACAUUAUUGUUGUUCAAGACGCUCUAUCUGAGAAGGUUGGCAAUUUUAUGCACUAUAUAAGCAGAUUUCUGGUAGGCUUUGUUAUUGGGUUUGUCAGGGUGUGGCAAAUCAGUCUGGUGACAUUGUCUAUAGUCCCCUUCAUUGCCCUUGCUGGUGGUGUCUAUGCAUACGUGGCAACUGGCCUUAUUGCCAGAGUUCGUAAAUCCUAUGUCAAGGCUGGUGAAAUUGCUGAAGAGGUGAUUGGUAAUGUUAGGACAGUGCAAGCAUUUGUAGGGGAAGAAAAGGCUGUAAGUUCAUACCGGAGAGCUCUUGCAGCUACAUACAAGUAUGGCAGAAAAGCAGGAUUGGCCAAGGGUCUGGGGCUAGGCACGCUGCAUUGUGUCCUUUUCCUGUCAUGGGCAUUACUGGUCUGGUUCACUAGCAUUGUUGUUCACAAGAAUAUUGCUAAUGGCGGGGAUUCUUUCACCACCAUGCUCAAUGUUGUUAUUGCUGGCCUGUCACUAGGACAGGCUGCACCAGAUAUCUCUGCUUUCAUACGUGCAAAGGCAGCUGCCUACCCCAUUUUUGAAAUGAUAGAGAGGAAUACUAUCAGCCAAAACAGCUCCAAAAAUGGAAGGAAAUUGAGCAAAAUUGAGGGCCACAUUGAACUUAAGAAUGUUUGCUUCAGUUACCCUUCUCGUCCUGAUGUGCUUAUCUUCAAUAACUUCUCUCUUAAUAUUCCUUCUGGGAAGAUUGUGGCCCUUGUUGGAGGAAGUGGGUCUGGGAAGAGCACAGUUAUAUCUUUGAUCGAACGCUUCUAUGAGCCCCUCUCUGGACGGAUAUUAUUAGAUGGAAGCGAUAUCAGAGAACUUGACCUCAAGUGGCUUAGGCAGCAAAUUGGCUUGGUUAAUCAGGAGCCUGCUCUUUUUGCUACAAGUAUUCGGGAGAACAUUCUCUACGGAAAAGAUGAUGCCACGCUUGAAGAGAUCAACCGUGCUGCAAAACUUUCAGAAGCUAUGUCUUUUAUCAACAACCUCCCUGAUAGAUUUGAAACUCAGGUUGGCGAGAGAGGAAUACAACUGUCCGGAGGACAAAAACAGAGGAUCGCUAUAUCUCGUGCAAUUGUGAAGAACCCAUCAAUCCUUUUAUUAGAUGAAGCCACAAGUGCACUUGAUGCUGAGUCCGAGAAAAGUGUGCAGGAGGCACUCGAUCGUGCCAUGGUUGGACGAACAACUGUAGUAGUUGCUCAUCGUCUUUCUACCAUUCGGAAUGCAGAUGUGAUUGCAGUUGUUCACGAAGGGAAGAUAGUGGAAACUGGGAGCCAUGAAGAGCUCAUUUCAAACCCAAGCAGUGCCUAUGCAUCACUUGUUCACCUCCAGGAGGCAGCUUCAUUGCAUGGGCAUUCUUCAUUUGGCCCAACGAUGGGACAACCACUCAGCAUAAGGUAUUCAAGAGAGUCAUCCCGAACAAGGACAAGUUUUGGUGCAAGUUUUCGCUCUGAAAAAGAAUCAGUUAGCCGGGCUGGUGCUGAUGCCAUGGAGCCUAUGAAGACAGAACAUGUUUCAGUCAAAAGAUUGUAUUCUAUGGUUGGUCCUGAUUGGAUAUAUGGGGUCAUUGGCACCAUUGGAGCACUCAUUGCCGGAUCUCAGAUGCCUCUUUUUGCUCUUGGCGUCUCUGAAGCUCUUGUAUCCUAUUACAUGGACUGGGACACUACUCGCCAUCAGGUCAAGAAGAUUGGAUUGCUUUUCUGUGGCGGAGCUGUUAUAACUGUCAUAGUUCAUGCCAUUGAACAUCUUUGCUUUGGAAUCAUGGGAGAGAGACUUACUCUUCGAGUUCGGGAAAUGUUGUUUUCCGCAAUCUUAAGGAAUGAGAUUGGAUGGUUUGACGACACAAAUAAUAUAAGUUCUAUGCUUUCAUCACGUCUGGAGAGUGAUGCAACAUUGUUCCGAACUAUAGUAGUUGAUCGCUCAACAAUUCUCAUACAGAAUGCCGGUCUGGUUGUCACCUCAUUCAUCAUUGCCUUCAUCUUAAAUUGGAGGCUCACGCUUGUUGUUGUGGCCACAUAUCCAUUGAUAAUUAGUGGUCACAUUAGUGAGAAACUCUUUAUGAAAGGCUAUGGUGGAAACCUGAGCAAAGCAUAUCUAAAAGCUAAUAUGCUGGCUGGUGAGGCUGUGAGUAAUAUACGUACUGUUGCAGCAUUUUGUGCUGAAGAGAAGGUACUUGACCUUUAUGCCAGUGAGCUUGUGGAGCCAUCCAAGCGUUCAGCUACUCGUGGUCAGAUUGCAGGCAUAUUCUAUGGUGUGUCCCAGUUCUUCAUUUUCUCAUCCUACGGACUUGCUUUAUGGUAUGGUUCUAUUUUGAUGGGCAAGGAGCUGGCUAGCUUUAAAUCUGUCAUGAAAUCGUUUAUGGUGUUGAUUGUGACGGCAUUAGCUAUGGGUGAGACCUUGGCGAUGGCCCCUGAUCUUUUAAAGGGGAACCAAAUGGUAGCAUCUGUCUUUGAGUUGCUCGACCGCAAGACACAGGUCGUGGGUGAUGUUGGUGAAGAGGUCCCAAAAGUUGACGGGGCGAUUGAGCUAAGAGGCAUUCAGUUCAGCUACCCUUCAAGGCCAGACGUAAUUAUCUUCAAGGACUUUAAUCUGAGGGUGCCUUUGGGAAAGAGUAUGGCAUUAGUGGGUCAAAGUGGGUCUGGAAAAAGCUCGGUUCUCGCUCUCAUACUACGAUUUUACGAUCCACAGGCUGGGAGAGUUAUGGUUGAUGGCGUAGACAUCAAGAGACUUAAGCUCAAAUCUCUUAGGAAACACAUUGGCCUCGUCCAACAAGAGCCGGCUCUUUUCGCAACAUCAAUUUACGAGAACAUUUUAUACGGUAAAGAAGGAGCCUCCGAAGAAGAAGUGAUAGAAGCAGCAAAGCUUGCUAAUGCUCAUAGUUUCAUUAGUGCCCUUCCUGAAGGCUACUCCACCAAGGUUGGCGAACGAGGGGUGCAACUAUCCGGUGGACAGAAACAGCGAGUAGCCAUCGCCAGAGCUGUUCUGAAGAACCCUGAAAUCUUGUUGUUAGACGAAGCAACUAGCGCUCUGGACGUGGAGUCGGAGAGAAUAGUUCAGCAAGCUCUGGACCGGUUGAUGACGAAACGAACUACAGUCAUGGUUGCACACAGACUAUCCACCAUAAAGAACGCGGACGGAAUAUCUGUCAUUCAAAAUGGAAAGGUAAUAGAUCAAGGUACUCAUUCUAGUCUUAUACAGAACAAGGAAGGAGCAUAUUUUAAGCUGGUGAACCUUCAGCAGCAGCAGCAACAACACUAAUUACAGAAAGCACUGCAGUUCUUCAUUUAAUCAACUGUAUGUUCUAUGUUCAGUUCUCAAGUCAUGAAUUUUAAGGUUUUUUUCCUCUUUGAGCACAUAAUAAGUCAUAAAACAGACGAAGAAUUCUGUAAAAAAAAAGGGAAGGUUUUCUCCUUGUCAGCUGAUACUAACCCCUUCUGCUUUCUUGAGAAAUAUUGGAGAGAAGCUCCAUUGGAUAA